CGUAAAGCGCCAGGCGCCGGUGAGAGAUGGCGGCGGCCUGGGUGUUGCGGGCUGGCGGCUGCCGCCCCCGCCGCCUUCUCAUCCUGCCUCCUUCUUCCUCCUUUUCCUCCUCAGCCGGCAGUGGCCCCACGGCUGAGCGCGGGGAGCGGCAGGAGAGCGCGGGCCUGGGUUUCAGCCCCCCCGCGCACUCCCGUAACGACUGGAUCGGUCCCCCCGACAAGCACUCCAACCUGCGCCCCGUCAUCUUCUACGUGCCCCCCGAGGAGUCCCCGCUGGAGCGGCGCCUGCGGGAGGCGCGGCAAGAGGCCCAGGCCUGUGACCAGCGCUACUGGGCACGGCACAACCGUGCCUUCUGCCAGGAAAAAGAAGAAUUUAUUUAUUCAAGACUGAAAGCCAAGGGUCUGGAAAUGGGAGCUGAAACAGGUCAAAAAGCAACACUGAAUGCAGAAGAAAUGGCUGACUUUUACAAGGAGUUUCUAAGUAAAAAUUUUAGGAAGCAUAUGCAAUAUAACAGGUGACCAGCUGUGCCCUUUCCAACACAGGCAUCUUCAGACAUGCACAAACAAAUCUUACCAGACAUGCACAACUAAUCUUGCACAGCACUGGCAGGAAAAUUUUCUGGAUAAAUUGAUUAUCGGCUUUACUUCUGAAACAUGAGAAAUGGUCACGAUUAUUUUAUCGUGCCUGAUUUCAAAUACAAUUGGCCAUAAAACUACCCAGCCCUUAACUUUUUUAUAGUUAAGCUCUCAAUGGUUGUAGUCCUAAUGUUUGCAUUUAAUCUGUUCAUGGAUGUAGAUACUUGUAUAGACCUUUUUAUAGGUAGUUUCACUCUAAUUAGGCAGGAAAAGUGUUGCCACAAAAAUAAAAAAUGCAAGUCAUCACUGAAUUGUUAUUUGUCAAUGCCAAAGUAUAUUUUAAUUAAUUUUAACCUUUUUCCUGUUCUUGUUCUUCGUGCUAAUGAUUUUCCUGGCU